AUCGCGAGCCACAGCUAGUUGAUUAUAUGUAAAGUGCAAAAUGCUGAAGUGGGCCGUAUACAAAAAGAAUCAAGAUGGUCAGGCGACUGCUAUCCCCCAAGAAGUAGAAGAUCCUAAUUCGAAUAGACGUUGCAAUGAAAGAACUCGAAGAUCAUUAGAUGCUCAAGCCAAGAAAAGCAAGAAACCAAGUCGAUAUCAAAGGCGAUCUAUGGGAGCAACUGGUAGAAGAAAUAACAAAGGAAUAGAUAAAGAAAAUGUAAAUUGUAUAGGUAAUACACCUAAUUACUAUAAACCAGGUUUCAUUAAGAAUACUGAAAAUAUAGCUUUGAAAGAUGUAAGCAAUUUAACGCCCACGUCUGUUACACCUGUUAAGAAAUUUGAAAAUAUAAAUUUUUAUGAAGAUAAUCCAAAAGAUGAACUCGCCCCUGAAUUACCACCGACUCCUCCUUCAUAUAGCAGAAGAGUUAGAGAAGCUAAAAAACGAAAAUUAGAAAUGAAUAUCUCAAACAAUAGUGACAUUUUCACUAGAAAUCUUUGCGCAUAUAAAUCUGAAAGAAGAAUUAAUAAUAUUGAUAGAAGUCUUUUAUGUUCACAAAAACUAAGUCAUAGCACAUCAGAGCCAUCUUUGAACGAGCUCUCAGACAGACUUAGUGCAACAACCACAAGUAGUAAAAACUCACUCAAUAUGGAAAAGUAUGCAAGAAAAAACAAACCUAUAUGUACAACUAAAAGCACAAAUCAAGAUGUAGUUGAAAUUGAAUAUGAGAAAGAUUUAGUUUUAAACUGUUUAGAAAAGCCACUAGUCGUAGACAAACAUGAAAUAGAAAAAUCUACACUACCAAUAUUUGGACAUAGCAUAUUUAUGGACAAUCCUGUCUAUUUAAAAAAGAACGAAGAUUUGCCUAUAAGUAUAAGACCUUUAAAAAGAACUAGGAAAAAAUCUAGCGACUUUGAAAGUUCUUUUAAAUCUCCUUGCGUGGAUAAGAAAGAUACACAUGCUCUUGUCAGAGAUGGAUGCUCUCCUAUAUCGAUGACACCUUUAUCAGUUAAAUUAGAAGCACUAAGGUUUAGUGCUAUGAGUACACAUGAAAUAAAUCUAACUAAAAGAGCCACUCCUACCAGUGACGUAACUCAAUACUUUCCUAAAAUAGAAAACCCUUUUAAUCUAAUUAUAAAAGACGAAGAAACUUCAACAGAAAUGGAAAAUAAAUUUAUAUUAGGAAAAGAAUCAUUGACAAACGCAUCAGAAUCUACGGUCUCUACUACUCAAAUGGGUGAUGUAACACUUGAAAAAAUGAUAGAAGACAUCAUCAAAAGUACUAAAAUCGUGAAAUCUAAACGUCGAAUAUUAAAAAAUAUUCCCGAUCCAAAAUUGACUGUGGAAGAAGAACGACCUCCUUUAGAUGCUGUUAAAGAUUUAUUUGUAAGACCGCAAACCGAACAUAAAUCAAAUUUAAUUAAAGAGGCUAAAUACGUAAAUUUAUCACGAGAGAGUUCUGUAUCACCUAAAAAUAGUCCAACAAAGAAAAUGUUGCCAGUUCACAAAGUUAAUGAUAAAUUAUUAAAAAACGUUCCAAUAGGAUGUUUUCUAUUAGACGAUGGAGAUGGAUACAACGAACGAGAAGUUCGUACACCUAGUAAACUAGACGAUGAAUUAGAAAUGGAACACUUAAAUAUAGAAAUAAAUAAACCAUUACACAGAUCAUAUUCCUUAAGUGCCUGCAGUAGUAGAAGUAAUCUUAAUUAUACGCUAUCAGAUUCUACUCCCGAUUUAUUCACGACCAAUGAGAACAUUCGAUUAAGACGACAAAGAUGUAUACGUAAAAAGAAAACUGUAAAAAGCAACGAAAGUCUAUGCAAACAAAUGGAUCGAAACUCCCCUAAACCUUCAUUACUACGUACUCUGGAAAUGGGUAUACCAAGCCCCGCAUUAGAAUUGCAAAACGUAUCAUUAUGUGAGCCUCUUAAUUCCCCUUUCAUAUACGAAGAUGAAAAUGUACAUAAUAGAUCAAUUCUAACCAAUGUAUCUCACAGCAGUCUAAUGUCUUAUAAACCUAUUCAACAAAAUAUACGAUCUAGAGAACUGUUUGGUUUGACAUUAGAAAAUGGUAUACCCAGCCCUAUAACACCUGCUAUGGGUGUUAAAAGACAAAGUAAUAUUCUCAGUGAAGAAAGAGCGAGUAAAACUAGCAAAUUAGACGAAGACAUAAUAAACGAUGCGUUAACUCCAGUAUUAGAAUAUAAGUCAACGAGACGUUGUCUCACGUAUUCUCUAGAGGAAAGUAGUAUAAAUAGUAGUGAAGAGAAACGUAGAAGCGUAGCUAGUAACCGCUUAGAUCGUAGUACUGAUAGAUUUCAAACAUUAAAAGCUACGAUAGAUUUAGAAAUAAAAACACGACAUGAUGCAAUAGACGUUCACGUUAUUCGUUGUCGAGACCUUCAGAGACCAUCCGGACAAACGGAAGAUGUUAAUGCUUAUGCAAAGGUUGUGAUAACCGAUGUGAACGAGAACCAUUCGCUACCAUCUCAGAGGUCAAUAUUCCAGCGUACCUCGGUUCUGUACGGGAAACGAGAGCCGGAGUUCCAGCGGCAUCUGAAGUUACCUCUCCCAACAGCUGUGUAUGACCAUCAGAUGCUUCACGUCUCUGUCUGGCAUAGGGACAAGAAAUACAGGCGGAGCGAGUUUCUAGGAUGUGUCUCGUUCCCGCUAAAAGAUGCAAUUAAGAGCGACGUCAAGGGGACGUACUUCUUGCAGUCGGGGCGGCAAGGUGCGACUGACAGAUGCGCUAGGGACCGCGUGACAGACGACCGACGCAAUAUGGCAACCGAUAACACAGAGACGAGCACCAGUGAAGGCGCUAAAGAAAACCAAGACAAAGCAGUAGCAGCAAAUGGUCCUGCAUCAGUGUCCGGUAGUCAAGCGCAGGCUGUCGCCGCGGCGCUGCAAAGAGAAGCAGACGAGCACCUCUUCCUGAGAUACCUCGAGCUCGACCCGCCUGAGGACCCGGCAGCACCACGCCGGGCACAGAGGAACGGGAGAACUCCAUUCACGACCACGAGAAAAUCAGCGGGUCAAUCUUUAAUACUGGAGACGUUCAGAAGAGUGCCACAAAAUGGUGUAGGCAUCCGUCGAUUGGCCCAAGUGGCGAUACCGCCGCCGGAGUCAACACCGCCCGCACCCCGUUCGCCUCGAGCUGUGGCAUUGGCGUCCCCCGCGCCCGCACGACCUCCUACCGCCUGCUCCUCCACCAGCCAGUCCCUUGAUAGACGCAAACUGCAUUUGCCUCAAGUCACCUUCUCCAAGGAGACACCAGGGACAUCAACUGAUGGCAGAAAGCGAGCGCUCCUAGCGGUUGUUGCGCGGGAACAGCACUACGCGACCUGCCUACAGUUCGGUCUGGUGAGGUUUGUCUCACCACUGGCAGAGAGAGCUGACCUCAUCGCUCCCAGCGACCACCAGCUGUUGUUUCAGAAUAUCGAAGAGAUCUUCAGGUUAUCGGAAGAUAUACUAGACCAAGUGGUGCAAGAUGACGGAGAGAUACAGACGUCGACGGUGGUCGCAGUGUAUUUACAGAAGACCCCUGUGUUCCUUAACCUUUAUAAGAAAUAUUGUUUAGGACUUAAACGAGCUGAUUGUGUGUUGGUAAAAAAAUCAAAAGACCCAAGUGGUGCGUUUUCUCGUUUCUGCACGAGUCCUCCGAUACCGAGGAGAAGGCCUGACAUCACAUCGCUGGUACACAAACCACUGGAACAGUUCAGAGAGCUAUUGAGACUUAUGCGCGCGGCCGCAAGCGCUAACGGUGCUGGACCCUACGAUCAGCUGGAGAAGAAACAAUUGCAAAUAAUCGUUGAGCAGUUACAGAGUGGUUAUCAAGAUGUCACCGCUGGUUCUGGAUUGAUGGGAUUAGCUGGCGAUGGAAAACCUUUGUUGUCUGUUGCUGAUCUGGAGAGUAGACUGGUGUUCACUAGGUGUAAGCCAUUUGUUUUAAGCACUGCGGGUAGACAGUGGAUAUUCGGCGGUGAGCUAUCCCGGGUAGAGGGUAGAGCGGUCAGACCUUACUGGGCGCUACUGUUCAGCGAUCUACUUUUGUUCGCCACCGUGUCCAGAGACCGAGUGCUAUUUGUCACCGAAGAACCGGUAUCAUUAGGAUCGGUGUCGGAAGCUCAAUUCAAUAUUAGGAAAAAAGCGCCAUCAAUAGAUUUAAAAGCUGUCUGGCAAAGUUUACUUCAACGGCAAAUAUAUCGUGCUCACACGAUGUCCGGGACGCCGCUAGGAUCUCCGCUGGACUCACCAGAUCCUCAGCUUACCUUCUCGCUGGCGACCCUGGACUCACAACAACGCCAGGUAUCAGGAUCCAGCAUCCAACGUCACUCGAGCAUGGCGCUCUUACCGGCCAGCUCGUACCGAUCGCAUCUUAACAUGUUGGUAGAAGAACGACCCGAAAAAGAAGUUAGAGUUAGUUUCGACGUUCGACCUUACUCCGAAUCUCCCCUUCCCCAACCCGUUAGAGGUCCACUAAGUUCGGUGUGGAAGACCGCGCCCACUCCAGAAACACCUUCGGCUAAUCUCUCCCCUGCUGAUUCGCAAACUUUCUCUUCUCAUUUUGUGUCUUCUUCGAGUAUCGAAAAGAACGAAGAGAGACCUACUUCUCCCAGUGCACAAGUCACAUCCGAUGGAUGUGAAGAUUACUCAGAAGUGUCUCCUUGUAGAUGGGAAUCGUUUGAAGCUGAUCUAGCAUUAGCUGAUUUAGAUGUCGACCCGUCAUAUAAGCAUGCUGUCGAAGAACGCAUCUUCCUUCCCGAUGAUCCUCUCUUGCCGCGCGUUGCUUUACCGGAGCGACCAACGCCGCCGGCGUAUUUGGAACUUUGAUCCGCGGAGUCGGAUCCGGAGUUGGCAGAAGCCUGCUUACAUCGGAUCCUUAAUAGAAAAUUCAGUUAGGUAGUUCACAAAAUUAAUCCCUCUGUGUGAACGUUUAUUGUAGCCCUAACUAAGGUCCUUUCCUACUUUUGAAAAAGUCUGACUAAUACGACAAAAAUAUUUGUGACAUGACUUGAAAAAAAUUUGGAUUGAAAAAAAUUCUCAUUCACGAGAAUCAAGGUUGUGGUAGUAAAUUUUGAGAGACAUAUUUUCGAACAUAAAUGAUAUUCAAAAAUAGAUCGGAAUAUUUUGAAUAAAAACAUUAUUCCUAGAACUUAAGACCCAUAACAUUAUGAUACCUUCUCAAAUGUAUUUGAUAACCAAUAAAAAAUCAAGCGCUACUUUUGCUUGAUAAUUCCAAUUUGUAUGCCAACGUUUUACAAUUUACAAACUCUCUGUGUCAAAUGUAAUAUAGGGUACCAAUUAGUAGCUAUUUAUACGUUUUCAUUACGAAAUUUUACGAUUCGUCGCUUUUUAAGUCUUCCGUCCUUUUCUUAUGAUGCAUCCUCCCUUUUUAGUAUUUUGUAGCAUAUUCAAGCACUAUUCCAUGUAUUUCUGUAACAUUUAAUAUGUUAUUUAAAAAUUAAUUCGCGGUAAAUAAGUAUGUUUCUAAUCUAUUGAUAUUGUUAUAAAUGAAUGUGGGUUUUCAGUUGUAGUGUAACCAUUCUGUACAGGUCAUGUGGAUAUUUGGCGAUCAAAUUCGCGAUAUUUUAUCUCAUGUAAUCCAUUUAGAAUUACACUAAAGCAUUUUUAUUUCAAUAUCGCUUCUUUAUUUUCAAUACGAGCACUCACAAACAUCGUCAUGUGUUACAAUGAAAAAUGGUAGUCGAAAUAGUGUUGAACGUAGUUGAUGCUUCGUUUAAUUAUAUGCAUUAAAUUAAAAAAAAACCAUUAAAUGUUUAAAAAAUCGCUAUAAUCGUGAAAUGUUCACAUAACCUAAUCCGGGGACAUUUGUAUGUCUUUUUUACAAGAUAAAUUCGUAGUUAGAAUCGACUUUCGAUGUUUUUGGCUGUGUGUAAAUAAAAAAAAAUAAAAAUUGAUGAAUCAAUUCUGGGUUCUGAUUAAAAAAUCUUGGAGUAUCGGUGAAUUUCGGUGUUUUAUGUUUAGUUUC